AUGGAUCCAGACAGUUUUAUGACGAUUUACGGCACAUUUCGACGCGGGGACCGGCCCGCUUUGGGAUUCCAAGCGUCCACUCUAGUAAGAUCUCCUUCACCCCGAUGCAAGGAGUUAAAACAAGGCAGUGGCGGGUUUGAGCUAUGUGGGGUGGCGGGUCAUGUGUGUUUGGGUGGUAUACGUCACCUUUUAGACUGGGGGGUUUUAAGGCCUCCAGUUCUUUAUGGUAAUGAAAUCUGA